GCUAGAGCCUCAGCUGGUGGCUGGGUUGACCCCUUGUUUGGUGGCGCCGGUGAGGCAGGCUCCCGCGUCACCUUUGCCUCAACCGUUCCCCUGCUCAGCAAGCUCCUGUCUGGCCAGAGAGAACAGUCUAGUGGGCAAAGGGAGGAUUCCUGGGCUCCUGACAGCCCAGCUUCAGGAGAGCCAAAGGCAGAACUCCACCUCUGUGCUUUCUGUCCUCCGGAUUUCUCUAGUCAGAAGUUACAUGUGCAGCAUGUGCUGUGUAAUCAUGCCUCCUGGAUGUUCCCAUGCUUGUGUGCAGAAAAUCACAUUCUGUCAGGUGAUCUGUGCCAGGGGGACCAGAAAAAGCAGCAACAAGCCUCUGAUCCAAGUUCCUGGAGUGAUAAAGCAGAAGGUCAAGAGAGAGAAGGGACCAAGCCUUCAUUUGGAAAGACAAAGAAAAGAACUUUAGCAGCAUUCUCUAAGCCACCCCAAAGGCAGCCAGUCAGCUCUGGGAAUGGUAUCAGAGGGGUGGAAUUAGAGGCCAGUCCUGCUCAAAUGGGGAAUCCUGAGGAAACAGACAAAUUAUUGAAGAGGAUUGAAGUCUUAGGAUUUGGAACAGUCAAUUGUGGAGAAUGCGGACUGGGCUUCAGCAAGAUGACAAACCUGCUUAGUCACCAAAGGAUACACUCAGGGGAGAAGCCGUAUGUGUGCGGGGUAUGUGAGAAGGGCUUUAGUCUAAAGAAAAGCCUUGCCAGGCACCAGAAGGCACACUCAGGGGAGAAACCUAUUGUGUGCACAGAAUGUGGACGAGGAUUUAACCGGAAGUCAACACUCAUAAUACACGAGAGAACACACUCUGGUGAAAAGCCUUAUAUGUGCAAUGAAUGUGGGCGAGGCUUUAGCCAGAAGUCAAAUCUCAUCAUACAUCAGAGGACACACUCAGGGGAGAAGCCCUAUGUGUGCCGGGAGUGUGGGAAAGGCUUUAGCCAGAAGUCAGCUGUUGUUAGACACCAGAGGACACACUUAGAGGAGAAGACCAUCGUGUGCAGUGAUUGUGGACUAGGCUUCAGUGAUAGGUCAAACCUCAUCUCACACCAGAGAACACACUCAGGGGAGAAGCCUUAUGCCUGCAAGGAGUGUGGGCGGUGCUUUAGGCAGAGGACAACCCUUGUCAACCACCAGAGGACGCACUCAAAGGAGAAGCCUUAUGUGUGUGGAGUGUGUGGGCACAGCUUUAGCCAGAAUUCAACCCUCAUCUCACAUAGGCGGACACACACGGGGGAAAAGCCUUAUGUGUGUGGGGUGUGUGGGCGAGGCUUUAGUCUGAAGUCACACCUCAACAGACACCAAAACAUACACUCAGGGGAUAAGCCUAUUGUGUGCAAGGAUUGUGGGCGAGGCUUCAGCCAGCAAUCAAAUCUUAUCAGACACCAGAGGACACACUCAGGGGAAAAGCCCAUGGUGUGUGAGGAGUGCGGGCGAGGCUUCAGCCAGAAGUCAAACCUCAUUGCACACCAGAGGACACACUCAGGGGAAAAGCCAUAUGUGUGCAGGGAGUGUGGACGAGGCUUCAGUCACCAGGCAGGUCUCAUCAGGCACAAGAGGAAACACUCACGGGAGAAGCCUUACAUGUGCAGACAGUGUGGACUAGGCUUUAGCAAUAAGUCAGCUUUAAUUACACAUAAAUGGGUACAUUCAAAAGAGAAGCCCUAUGUACACAGAGAGUAUGGUCAAGGCUUCAUCCAAAAGUCAUACCUCAUUUUACAUCAGAUGACACCCCAGGAGGAGAAGCCUUAGGUAUGCAAGACUUGUGGGCAAGGCUUUAGCCAGAAGUCUCACUUCAACAAACACAGGAGGAUGAAAUGUCUCCACCACCAACUGCCACUCCACACUGACCCUGAGACCUAACUGGGGUGAUCUUCUGACUCUUUAUUCUCUCUUUGCAAGUGAAGAUGGUGGCAAGGACUAAGUAAUCAAAAUUUUCACUUUUAUGGAGUAGAAAAAUGCAUUCCAGAAAUGGUCAAAAGUCAUUUGGCUUAGUUUACUUUUUUCA